AUAAAUACAAAGCGUUUUAGUGGCUGGAAAUUAGUUGCAGCGCGGCCUUUAUGGGAUUACCUGUGUGCUAAGCCUCUACAAACUCCAAUAUAUACAAAUCAUUAGCCUCUUAUCGUCAUUAUCGCCGUUGUUUACGUGAAAAGUGUAGCGAAAGCGUCGGUAAAAAUUCUCACAACAAAUAAAGUUUGCUGGAAGGCCUGGAAACUAUUUUCAUUCGCGACAAUGUUUAAGAAAUCGAAAGCUGCUUCGACGCAAUACAAUCGCUGAUCGCGGAUGGGAAAUUAAUUGUCGCAUUGUGUUUUCAGUUGACAAUCGAAAUCUAUUAACAAUCUUACGGCUUUUUUUUUAUAAAUACAACGAGUGUAUGGAAAAAUAGUUCCGGUGUGGUGACAAACGUUUCAUUUCCAAUGGAUAAAUCGAAUUUCCGGCUUUUAGCCGGCUUAGUAUUAUCGCUUAGCUUGUCGCAGCACACUUGUCGCUGUCAACAGAACACAAUCUUCAAUCAAUCACCGUUUCAGCGACAACAGCAGACUCAAUUACGACAACAAUUACAGCAACAGCAGCAACAACAACGCCAGCAGCAGCAAGGCUUUCCGAAUGCACUUAACACGUUACAGCCGCUUGGCACCACUUUGGGGUCAAUUCCGCCCAUCUCACCACUCGGCAGCUUAGUGCCGCAGAAUUCCUUUCGCAUAUACAAUCGUCUGGAUCAGCCGAACUAUGUGCCGAUCACAGCCUAUCAAAACGAGCUCAACUACGACGGCAGCUUCUCGUACGGUUACGCCUCCGCAGAUGGCACUACCGCGCAGGCGCAGGGGUAUGUUAAAAAUUUGGGCCUAGGCGAAGAUGUCGAAGCUCAGGUGGUCCAAGGUUCAUAUUCGUAUACUUCACCGGAGGGCACACCCAUUACCGUACGCUACAUUGCCGAUGAGAACGGUUUUCGCGCUGAGGGAGCCCAUAUACCAACGCCUCCCCCCAUACCCGAUGCAAUAGCCAAAUCACUGCAAUACAUCGCGAGCGUGCCACCCUAUCAGCAGGGGGGAAAUCCUAAUUUAAAUCCUUAUCAAACACCGUUUCGACAAUUUGCUGGCGGCCAGCAGCAACGACCCGGCCAACAACAACAAUUGACACCAUUUCAACUGCAACAACAGCGCGCUUAUCAGCAACAACUAGCAGGUCAGCUGCAGCCUCCCUUCGCACAGUUUUCAGGCGGUCAACAGCAGCCACAAGCGAAUGCCUUCUUUGGCGGCGGCAUCGGCGCUGGUGUGGGCGGUGCCGGCCAGUUUCCAGGUCAGUUUGGCGACCUGAGUGGUCAAAACUUCACGCAGCAACCGCAAAAUAUACAACACGAACAGCAACAGCAAGCGUUGCAACAGCAACAACAGCAGAAACAUCAACAACAACAGCAGCAGCAACAACAACAACAACAGCAACAGCAAUUGGCAACACAAGAGUUGCGCUCAAGGCCCAAUCAGCUGGUAAACCCUUUCGGCUACAAUCAAUAUCGCCGCUACAAAAAAGCCGCUCCAACGAAGAAUUAAACAACAACACCAACAACUACUCAUACGUAAAGAAUUACUAAAGGGUUUAUAUAUAUUAUUUAAUUUUUAAUUUAAUAAUUAAUUUUUUUACUCGGUUGCUGCUUAAUUUAUUUCGCUAAGCGUUUUAGCUUUAAUUCAAAUAAAGUUCUUUUGUGUGUGGUUUAUAUUUAAUUAUGUAACUUUUAUAUAAUGUAUUACUACUAUUGAUGAAAUCGAAU